AUGGCGAAGACCUCCCCAGCUCUGUGCCUUGCCCUACUCCUUCUUCUUGUGGUCCUACAAUGCGCCCAGUCUAAGAAGCACCAACAGCACCACCAACCACCACAGCUCAUUGUCGACACCCAGACCGGCCCGGUCCAGGGCUUCGUCAAGGACGGCAUCGCUCGCGCCUUCCUGGGCAUCCCCUUCGCUGACCCGCCCCAGCGCUUCGCCGCCGCCGCGCCCGCCUCGCCCUGGUCCGGGGUCUACAAUGCCACCUCGUUCCCGGUGCCCUGCAUUCAGUCGCCCACGCUCGGUAGCGAGGACUGCCUCUACCUCAACGUCUUCACGCCCAAGAACACCCGCGAGGGCGACGACCUGCCCGUCAUGUUCUACGUCCACGGCGGCCGCUACUGGACCGGCCAAUCCGACCAAUACGCCGGCCAGUGGCUCUCCGGCAACGGCCGCGUCGUUCUCGUCACUAUCCAGUACCGGCUGAGCGUGUUCGGCUUCUUCGCGAUGCCCGAGCUGGAGGACCAGGCCGACCUCAACGUCGGAUUCCAGGACCAGAUUCUGGCGAUGCAGUGGGUCAAGGACAACAUUGCCAGCUUCGGCGGCGAUCCCGACCGCGUGACGAUAUUUGGCGAGAGCGCGGGCGGCAACGCCGCGAUGCUGCACACCAUGGUCCACCCCUACUCCGACCCGGGCGCCUUCCUGGGCCAGGCCCAAACCGCCAUCCUACAGAGCACCUGGCAGUGGGUCAUGCCCACGCUGGCCCAGACCAAGGCCGCGUCGCUCAAGUGGGCCGCCAGCCGCGGCUGCAACCAGUCCUCCACCGCCGACGUGCUGGCCUGCAUGCGCGCGCUCCCCGCCGCGAGCAUCGUGCCGCCGACGUCGGAGGCGAUGAUCAACUACUUCCAGCCCUGCGUCGACGGCGUGUUUCUCACGGAUCAGCCCUACAACCUGAUCAAGCGCGGCGAGUACGACACGGACGUGCGGAUCGUGAUCGGCCACACGCAGGACGAGGGCACCUACAUGGCCUACACGCGGACGGGCUUCAAGACGCCGGCCGACAACAUCACCGAGGCCGACUACCUCCGCGCUCUGCGCAACAACAGCCUCGGGUUCAUGCUCACCGACGCCCAGAUCGACGAGGUGCUCGGGUGGUACGCCGCCUCGACCGCCCAGUUGGGCUACUGGUACGGCCUGGCCGAAGUGCUGGGUGACUGGUACAUCAUCUGCGGGUCCAACCUCGCCGCGCACCACUUGGCCAAGCACGGCGGGCCGGUCUACGCCUUCGUGUGGAACUACACCAGUCCCUACAGCACGCAGCCCUUCUUCGGCGCCAGCCACGGCAACGAGCUGCCCUACAUCUUCAACGCCUCGGUCUACGGCGUCACCAACUUUGCGCCGUCGGACUACGUGCUGGCCGCGCGCAUGAUCGCCUCGUGGUCCCGCAUCGCCCACAAGGGCAAGCCGGCCCCGCCCAGCUGGCCCCGGUACAAGCGCAAGAGCCCGCAGGCCUUCAUGUGGGAGCAGGUCGGCACCGACCCCGACCCGCCCACCCGCACCGUCCCCUUCCUCCGCUCCAGCCGGUGCUUCCACUGGGAGCCCAUCUUCUCCGCCGACUCUCUCGUUCAGCCUUGA